CCACCUUCCGCAGCACACAGGAGAGAGAAAGAUGGUGAGUACGAGACGCAAGGACAGUGAGAAGGGAGAAGGAGGCGCCGUAGAAGAAGGCGGAGGAGGGCAGUAUGAAGCAUCGAGAGCGCAACGAAUCAAGGAAAACAUGGAGAGAAUGAAGACUCUCGGCAUUGCUGACCUUUCCAAAAAUCUCAAGCCUCUCUCUGCUCCUCCCUCUCUCCGCAAAAUUAAGCCCCAAAUCAAACCUUCAAAUGAUCCUCCACGCCGCUCUUCUAGGCUGAAAGACGCGCCGCGGCCGGUUUACUCGGAGAAGAAAUCUCCGAAAAAGGCGCACACCUCCUCGAAGAAGGUGGAAAUCCACAUUCCAGCCGGUGAGAAGCCUGAGAUUUACUCGGAGGAGCACGAGAAGCUGUUAGGUGAGUCCGCGACUGCUUGGACUCUCUUCGUUGAUGGAUUCGACGAUGACGGUCAGCGUAUUUACGAUUCUCAUGAGGGAAAGUCGUGUCAUCAAUGCAGGCAAAAGACUCUCGGACUGCGUACCUCGUGCAGCAAGUGCAGCGCCGUCUCGGGCCAGUUUUGUGGAGAUUGCUUGCACAUGAGGUAUGGGGAGAAUGUGAGAGAAGUUAAUUUGAACCCGGACUGGGUUUGCCCUGUAUGUCGUGGAAUAUGCAAUUGCAGUCGCUGCCGAAGAGAUAAAGGAUGGAACCCUACUGGAGCAAUCUACAGGAAGGCAACGAAGCUUGGUUUCAAAUCUGUUGCGCAUUACCUCAUUCAGACACGUCGUGAGGGAGCCAUUGAAUCACUUACCGAUGGUGAUGAAAAGGAAGGAUCGUCUGAUGCACUUCCACUGUCAGUAAUUGAGGAGCAUGGUAUAGCAGAAGUCAUGGAACAGGAUAGUGACCUUGAAUUUGAAGGAGACGAGCAUGAUGAAGAGCAAGACGACAACUAAUUUGGUAAGAAUGAAAUGAGAAGAUAGAAUGGGCUGGCUUCUGAGCUACUCUUGUAAGUUGAGUUAGAGCUAUAAACAGCCCUUUUUGUGACAAGUAUGCAUGGCAGCAUACUUGUGGUUUUUGUAUAAGCAAACUAAUUAGAUGCAUGGCAAUUAAUUAGGCUUGAUUACUUAACUCUCCUACAAUGACAUUGCUGAGUUAGAGCUAUAAACAUCCCUUUUUGU